AUGACCGGCCGUCAAGGAACUCCUCGUCCACCGACUUCAACCUUCAUUGAGCUUCGUCCUCGCACUCGCCAUACUACCUCCGUUCCUCCUCUUUCGUUAGCAAGCACUGUAUCGGAUUCUUUGAAAACAAUUGGUUCGCCGAGUGUUUCACCUCCUCAUUCUCAUACUUCAGACGCUCAAGCUCAAGGUCCACCUCCACCUCCACUUCCGCCACCACCCACCCCCACCAGAGCAAAAUCUACAAUGACUGCAAUACACACAAUCCAAAAGUCGUCAGACCCAUCUUUUAUCUGUACAAUCUGCUGGUCUCCACAACAUCCACCUUCCAAACCACGCGUUCUUGGUCGUUCAUCCAGAAUCGUGUGCCAUCAGUGUUGGAGAGCUGUGCUGGAUUUAAGUAUAUGUUGGGUUUGUGGGGAGUGUAUUGUGAGAGGGGAUGAGGUAGUUAGUUUGGGGUGGUGUUUUUGGCAUCGUGCAUGCUUUGGUUGUUUGCUUUGUGGAGUGAGGUUAGGAGAGGCGUUUUUGAGGGAUUGUGAGGGUGUGAGUGAGAAGGGGGUUGGAUGUGGAGAUGGAAGUGGAAAUGAGACUGCACAUGGGAGUGCAAGGAAAGGCACGGAAUUGGAUAAAAUUCCCCUUUGUGAAUGGUGUGAAACAGAGACUAGGAUUAAGGGGUAUGGAGAGAAGAAGGUGUUGGAGAGGGGAUUGGAAAAUGUGACGAAAUCUGAUGGGGGGUUGACAAGAUGUAGAUUGGAGAAGUUGGAUGAGGAUAAGGGGUUAGGUCUAGGUGGGAAGAAGGGUGUUGUGGUGGGAUUGGAUGGGGAGGAAAUGGUGCCUUCUAACCCCUCUUCUUCUUCUAGUAUAUCACCGAUGGACACGAUGAAGAAAUCAACGGGAUCAACCAUGAUGAAUGAAAGGAAGAUUAGGAAAUUGAUAAGGGAUUCUUCAACUCCUCAGGUAUGUCAUUUUUAACUUUAUUCCAACUUUAACUGCACGUUUUAACACUACUCUGAAGGAAGAAAUUGCACUUCUCAGCGACGCCUCAAAUAUGGGCGUAUCCGAAGAUGGAAACGCAGACGACUCAACUCAUUCACAUAGUGAUACCGAACCUGCAAAUUUCGGGCAAGGCGAACUAUCCAAUUCAUCUAGCUCAUCAAAUCUCUCUAGUCCCUGCAGCCCUUCCAAUAUCUACGUCUCCAUCUAUGAUCCCGCCGGCCGAGCAUUCGUUCCUAGUAAAACUAAACCGCUUCCAAAAUGGAUGACAUUGCUUCCCAAUAACGUAAAUUCCGAACGCGAAGAUUCGCAUGGUGAUUCUUGUGAAAGAAUUGUAGGGGCAACGGCGUCGAGAGCUUCACUUCCCGAUGCAUAUGCAGAUGGUGCUUCGUCUAGUCACUCGGAGGAUUGCCCUGGGGGUCAUGGUCCCUCGACAUCGUGUCAGACGGAGGAGGAGGGUAAGGAGAGUACGAACAGUGGGAUUUCGGGGGAUGUGACGCCUAAAGGUAUGCUUUUUCCGUUCUACUUGCUGCAUGUUCAUGCUGUUGUUAUCUUUCUUCAUGAGAAUAUCUAACACACCACAGAUCAAACCCCUGACAGCCAUAGCGCCAAGUCCACCUCUGAUAGCACAUCAGCCAGCACCCGCAGACCAUCUGUAUCAACCCUCUCUUCGCUCAAUAUUCCCAGUCCCCCACAAAGAGCCUCCAAAACCACACGUGCCCGCUCCGUCUCUAUCGAAGAAAAACUUCCCCGUCCAAAUCAACAUCCCGCAUCUGCAUAUCGUCGUGCAAAUCGCUCUAGCACUAUCGAAUCUGCACUUAACAAACCAGGCACUUUCAUACAAACAGCAGAAUACCCCGAUCAUCCACCAAAAGACAUCUCAGAAAGACCCUUAACACCCUAUCCCAAAGAAGAUGGUCCAUUCCAAGGCAGUCCUUUCAAUCCAAACAAUACUCACUCUAGAGCACAAGUACCCAAUCUCUUGACCUCUUCCCUGAGUGAUUUCAUCACACCGCGAAAAGGUUCAUGUUGUGGUCUUAGUACGAGUUUAGAAUCUGCAUCGGUGGGUGAGAUAAAGAGAAGAGAACGCGGAGAAUCGUCUUUUGAUUCUACAUUUGAGAGUUUUCCAAGACCCGAAAUCGGUAAGAGUAAUAGUAAUUAUGGGACAAGUUUGCGCAUGAGUCCCACGCUAGGGUUUUUGGAUAGGGGCUCGGAGUAUUUGGAAAGGUAUGUUCCUGGAGUUAUUUUGCCGGGUGGGAGUGCGAAGGAGAAGGAGAAGGAGAAGGAGGGGAGAGGGAGGGAGAGGGGUAAAGAGAAGGAGGGGAUUGUGGAUAGGAUUCGGAGGCAGAGGGUUGGGACUGUUAGGUUUGUUUAUCUGUUUAUUUGUUUGUUCAUUUGUUUUGCCUCAAAAAAGUGGCCAUUGAGAAAGGGAACUUGGACUCAUUGAUUGAAGUAUUAACUAACACUGACAAAAAUAAACAGUUUAGGACAAGUAGCCCAAAACAUGAAAGAAAAGGGAAAAAGAACAGAACCUCAUAAUCAAACAGAAUGGAAUUGGACAGAUCAUGAAUUGAAAAUACAAAUU